UGUUAUUAUUUUUUCAUAUUGUAAUUUGUCAUACGUUUGAAUCUGUUCAUCCAAAGAAAACUGAACAAGAAAUUGUUUCUUCAAUAUUGGUGCCAAAAUAUAUCCAUAUUAGCUGCGGAUUUCAGUUUCUUCAACAGCUUGUAAGAUUUCCGAUUAAAGAGGGCUAAAGAGAUGGCUGUAGCUGCUUAUGCAUCGUUGGUUUCUCUUACUCAUGUCCUCGACAACGUUCAUUACCGUGCUCAGCUUCGUCGCCUUCAUGUGGACAUAACACGGAUUGAAUCUCUUCAGGAAAGCGUCAGUUUCUUGUUGGAGUUCCUUGAAGUGAACCAUGGAGGAGAAGGCCAGAAGAUUGAAGAUCUUUGGGGGCAAAUAUCCGAAGUUAGUUUGGAGGUCGAAGAAAUUUUUGACUCACAUGUUGUGAGUCAACUUCAGAAGGAAUCUCAGGGAGAAAGUAGCGAUAUGGGCGCGAGAUCAUUCGAUGAAGAUUUGGACACUAUGAUCCAAAAGAUCGAUUAUAUCAAGAGAGAGUUAUUGCUGGUUGAAGAGGUCGUGGUUGAAAAACCAACCAGAGCUUCUGUUCCUGCUAGUGGUUCUUCAACUGCUGCAUCCUCUGCUGCAAACAAUACAAUUGUGGGACUUGACGAACACGUGAUGAAGAUUAAGGGUGAGCUGGCUAGAUAUGAUUACAAUCUCCAAAUCAUCCCAAUAGUCGGUAUGGGGGGUAUUGGCAAGACUACUCUUGCUAAGAAAGUUUAUGGAGAUAAAUAUGUUGUCGAACGCUUUGAUGUGCGCAUUUGGCUUACAAUUUCUCAGGAGUAUAGUGUCGAUGAGAUCCUCAUUGGUCUUGUCAAUGAUGGAAAAGUUGAAAGACAUGGUGGAAAUUCAGAUGGUCCUGGAGAAGUAUUGCGCAAAAAGCUGUAUGGUAGAAGAUACUUGAUUGUUAUGGAUGACAUAUGGACUCUUCAAGCUUGGGAUGAUUUAAGGAGAUUCUUUCCGGAUAAUGGGAAUGGAAGUCGGAUUAUUAUAACCACUAGGCUAUCACAUGUAGCUGGUUCUUUGAGCUCUCACGACCCUUAUUUGAUGACAUUAAUGGACAUGAAUACAAGCUGGAGUUUAUUUUGUCAAACUGUAUUUGGAGAAGAAAAUUGUUCACAUCGAGAAUUGGAGCAAAUUGGAAAGGUGAUUGUCAAAAAUUGCGGAGGUCUUCCGUUGCAAAUUAUUGUUAUAGGAGGACUACUUGCAAAGUCGGGCAUGAAUAAACAAUAUUGGGAAUCAGUUGCUGAAAAUGUAAGUUCCUUUAGUAAUGCAAGUGAUGGCGAGCAUUGUUUCAAUAUAUUACUUUUGAGUUAUAAUAAUCUGCCCAUGUAUCUUAAGCCAUGUUUCCUCUACAUGAGAGCUUACCCUGAAGAUGCUGAAGUUCAUGUCUCAAAUCUAAUCGAGUUAUGGGUUGACGAAGGUUUGAUACCAACAAAAGAAGAUAAAAGUCUGGAAGAACUUGGUAAGGAAUACUUGAAAGAUCUUGUUGAUAGAAAUCUUCUUUUUGUGCGUAAACUAAGCGAAGAUAUGGGCGAAUUAGAAACAUGCGGCAUCCAUGAUCUUUUGCGAGAUCUAUGCCUUAGUGUAUCUAAAAAAGAGAAUUUUUUGUUUUCUCCAAGAAUACAAGACUUGAAUCUGAUAUAUUAUUGGGGAAGAUUGUGCUUCCUAUGCGAUGGUUUAGUGACAGAAGAAGAAAGGAAAUAUCCCUUCGCACUUGAAGUUAUUCCUCCGUCAGCUUCGCAUAGUAAUCAUCCUAUUUGUGGUUACUGUGAAGUGACUUAUUCACAUGUAAAGAGACUAAGAUUGGUGAAGGUCAUCGAUGAAGUUGGCGUAGCUCAUGAUUCACUUGUGCAGCACACUAAAUUACGCAGCGUCUCCAUUUCAUUGAAUCAGUCCCCAAAGUUUAUAUCUCCCCUACAUUUUCUAUGGAAUCUUCAGAGUCUGUCAUUCCUACAUCCACCUUUGGUAGUCUUACCAUCUGAAAUCUGGGAGCUGCCACAACUUAGAGUGAUUCAAUGCAAAAGUGUGGUGUUGCCUAAUCCUCGGGUUCAUCAUGUCGAAGGGAAAGAUUUCUAUAUUCUGAGGAAUCUGCACAGCCUUAGCACUGCAAGGAAUUUUAAGCUCGCGGAUGAGAUUCUUGGUCGAAUUCCUAAUUUGAAGGAACUAAAAAUAAAAACAUUGGCUUUCCAAAUUCACUCAAAUUCUUGCUUCUGAGGAAAUGCAGAAUUCCUUGGAG